GUGUUAAUGAUGACACUGCAUGAUGAUGAAUAGCUGCAGUGGAUGUUGAUGAUGAAACUGCAUGAUGAUGAAUAGCUGCAGUGGAUGUUGAUGACAGUGCUCGAUGGAUGUUGAAUGAAGGCAGUGGAUGAUGAUGACUGCAGUAUACGAUGUUGAUGAUGAUGAUGAUGAUGAUGAUGAUGAUGACAGUUGUGCAUGGUGAUGGCAGCACUGCUGCCACGAAUCACGGCAAAAGUUUUAGAGUCUUACAUGAAACUCAUUUUCACUGUACCGAACUAAAUGGUUUAAAUUAUAACAUAUUCUAUCCAUCAUCGGCAACAAUUGCUGGUCGGUUCUGCUUGGAGUUCGACACCGAGAACAACGCUUCUUGAGAGGGCCUUGUGUUUACGGCAUUGGGGCACCCCGGAAGCUGGUGACAAAGUCGCGGGAGUUAGAGCGUGACAAGCACACGCGUUGUAGGGAGCUGGGGAGCGCAUCGCUGUGACGACUCAAAACAAAGAAAUUGGCUUGCCACGUGGAUGUUAAUGUUCCUCUCACAUGGAAGCUGACACAGUGUCUGUCAACAAGCACUUGUUGGAUGACGUCAUUCAACACCUCCGACAGCUGAUAUGAAGAAAGUAAGUCCUCAACACGCUUUCUCUUUCACCAGUGCGAAGCGAAGAUAACUGAAUUAUAUUGAUGAAGAUACGCAGCCAGGAGUUGCUGAAACACAACAUGCAAUGGCUGUUAUUAGUAUGUGUCUUUACCAUUCAUGGUGCCAGUGAAGUGGACUCUGUUACUCCAAGACUGCCAGGAAAUGACUCAACUCUUGGAUCCUUGGAGGAAUUUCCUAAUGAUGGUCACACAUCUAAUUCUCAGGGAACUGGAGAUACGAACAAAACUGGGAAUGUAAGUGAAAUUGAUAAUUUAUUUUUACCUGUCACCAUGGAAACAAGUACUAACAAUUAUGUGGAUGUUCAAAACCAAGAUGAAAGACAAGAGCAGAGCAACACUGUAACCCCAGACGAUGUCUCUGCAUCAAAGACGUAUGAUGUUCUUUCCUGGCUUCCAAAACGCGUUGACAAGAGGUCCACAGUUAAUCUGACCAUUCUACCAAUCUUGGCCAUGCUGGCUUUCCUGGUUGGCUUGUGUCUCAAAGGAUGUACAUGGUUCCGAGAGAGCUUGAAGGAGAGUGACAGAGAUUCUAUGGAUGAUGACCGAAGUUUUAUCAUUUUACGAGAAGGCGACAAAGAGUACCAUGAUGUUGACUUCCGUUCCAACCUAUCCACACCUUACGACACCUACAGUUCGUAUAUGUCAUUCUUGAAAAGAAAUAAUGACACGGUAACCUCAUUUCGGUCCUUCCAGAACCAGGUCUGUCAGCCGUAUGACACGGUGACGUCAUACAGGUCCCUGCUGCUACAACGUCUGGACAGCCACAACAACGACAGCGUCAACUCAUAUCGCGCUUUCAUGCAGCGGAUGUCGCAGAUGAAGGACGUGGAGAUCCAAGUGGAACUCUUCGAUGAGAAAAAUAAAGAUACUGAUCAGAAAAGCACCGCUCGCAGCUUGAGGACAAGUCAUCGUUCCAGGAGCACAAGCCCGAAACUCAAACGUAAAUUUAAUCAUGGGGAAGGUGUAUUAGAGGACUUGGUAGAAACCACAGAUUGUGUUCAGAAAUCUGAUUAUAAUGAGAAUGGUGAUUUGUUAAAUGUACCUAAAGUUGCAAUGGUGAAUGGGGUAAAGCAUCACCACCCCACCAUACUCCCAAAUAGACAUACUCCCCAUAUGAGUCACCAUGACGACCCCAAUAGACAUACUCCCAAUAUGAGUCCCUCGGGACACCGGAUUGAAAGGAGCCCUAUUCACCACCAUGACAGAAGACCCGUAAGACACGGUGACAAAAUGACUCACAGAUCACCUAAUGCGCCUCGAUUUAAAGUUUCAUUUGUGACAGAUGGUGAGGAUAACCCUCAGGACCAUGCUGACAGUGCUCGCAGUGUGCAUCAGGAACACAGCAAGUCGCAAAACCAUCACGCUGCAUCAGGUAUAGCCAUGUUGUGAUUCCCGAGACAAUGGUGAUUCCUCCAUGUUGUGAUUCCCGAGACAAUGGUGAUUCCUCCAUGUUGUGAUUCCCGAGACAAUGGUGAUUCCUCCAUUGUUGUGAUUCCCGAGACAAUGGUGAUUCCUCCAUGUUGUGAUUCCCGAGACAAUGGUGAUUCCUCCAUUGUUGUGAUUCCCGAGACAAUGGUGAUUCCUCCAUGUUGUGAAUCCCGAGACAAUGGUGAUUCCUCCAUGUUGACAGGACAAUGCUGACAUUGUUAAACAACGAAGUGUCUGUAGGCUAUUGGAUGACGUACUGUUCAACCUUCCAUGUUUGAAGUGAGGGGUUGAUCUGAUUUGUGUUGGUAUUUGAUGAAAUAUACUGUUCUUGAUAUCAAGUUCCAGUUACUUUGAAUGUCACUCCUUCACCUCACAACUUCAUGGGCAUACUCCAUACAGGUUACAGUACACUGAUAAUGAAAAUGUAAUCCAAAAAUUUAUAGAAAAACAUUUAAUUCCACUUAGUGCAAACUUGUUGAUAAUUUUAUUUCUUUUAUUACUAUCUAUCUAUCUGUGUCUGUCUGUCUGUCUGUCUAUUGGUCUUCUUCUGAUGACAACAAGACCAUGUGGCGAAGUAACAUGAAUAUAGCAUAAUAAUGGUGUGGUAGUCCCUAUUAGUUACAGCCGUGUGUGUGUGUGCUGUCAUUGGUUGGCUACAGAUUGUACAACUAUGUCGUUGUCCGAGGCAAUAAUUUUCUCAGGAUUGAUAUUUUCUGAGUUGUUUUUUUUCAAAUGAAGUAAGAGUUGUGUUACCCAUUGUGCAUGUACAUAUAUUUAUGACACUAGUAACAAUGUGUGAGGUUCUGUGAGUUGUUGACUGAAAUCCUGUUGUAACCUUAUUCUCUUUCAGUCAGAAUUAAACAAAUCUCACUCACUCACACA